AUGAAGGAAAAAUGCAAGAACGCGGCGAAGACACGGCGAGAGAAAGAGAAUGGGGAGUUUUAUGAGCUGGCCAAGCUGCUUCCUCUGCCGGCGGCGAUCACCUCCCAGCUGGACAAGGCCUCCAUCAUCCGGCUGACCAGUAGCUACCUGAAGAUGAGGGCAGUCUUCCCCGACGGUCUGGGUGAUGGUUGGGGUCAGUCAACAAGGUUCAAUCCUCUGGACAGUAUGGCUAAAGAACUGGGUUCCCACCUUUUACAAACUCUGGAUGGCUUUGUGUUUGUUGUUGCCUCUGAUGGAAAAAUCAUGUACAUCUCAGAAACAGCAUCAGUCCACCUUGGCCUAUCCCAGGUGGAGCUAACAGGAAAUAGUAUAUUUGAGUACAUCCACCCAUCAGACCACGAUGAGAUGACAGCAGUGCUGAGUGUUCGACAGCCCCCACACCAUCACUUCUCUCCAGAUUAUGAAAUAGAGCGCUCCUUCUUCUUGAGGAUGAAGUGUGUUCUUGCUAAACGAAAUGCAGGACUGACAUGUGCAGGAUAUAAGGUCAUUCAUUGCAGCGGCUACCUAAAAGUACGUCAGUACAUGAUGGACAUGGCGCUGUAUGAAUCUUGUUAUCAGACUGUGGGUCUGGUGGCAGUUGGUCACACCAUGCCUCCAAGUGGUAUCACUGAGAUAAAACUCCACAGCAACAUGUUCAUGUUUCGGGCCAGCCUGGACUUUAAACUCAUCUUCUUGGACACAAGGGUGGCAGAGCUGACUGGCUAUGAGCCACAGGACCUGAUAGAGAAGACUCUCUACCACCAUGUCCACGCCUGUGACAUUUUCCAUCUACGCUAUGCUCACCAUUUAUUACUGGUGAAAGGGCAGGUCACCACAAAGUACUACCGCAUGUUAUCAAAGCAUGGAGGGUGGGUCUGGGUGCAGAGCUAUGCCACCAUCGUCCACAACAGCCGCUCCUCCAGACCUCACUGUAUUGUCAGUGUCAACUACGUCCUCACUGACAUCGAGUGCAAUGAGCUGCAGUUAUCUCAAGACCAGAAUCGAGCCACUAAGCCUGAUCUCAGUCUUACUUCCUCUGAGGACCCCCGCAAACAACUGAGACCCAAAGCGGUCAAGAUGAAGACCAAACUUAGAGCAGUUCCCUAUCCUGAGGCCACUGGGCUCUUCCAGCCGGACCACUUGAGCUGUUCCCCACAGAGGGAGCUAUGGAAGGAGAGACCCCCAUACCCAAUGACCCCUUGCUGGGAGAAGAGCUCCAGCUUGAGUCCUGAAGCAAGCCAGGUGUCCUGCAGCCCCACUUACAAUCUGACCCUCCACUACCCCAACAACCACGAUGCUCAGAGACAGCUGCCUAGCUUAGUUCCCUCCUCUCAGCUGGCUAAGCACAUCAUCGGCUCCCUACACAGCAGAGGGCCUGUUGGAUGGAACAUCAGCAAUUCUGUGAAUCACAACAGUUCUGUGGAAGGAAACACCUUGUUGAUGAGAAUGUUCAGUUGUAAUUUCAGCUUCUGAAUAUUGUUUUCCUCAUCAGGCUCCAUGCUGGCAACUGACCGUAGGCACCCUAAUGAGCUCUACCAUGAUUGUUCCAGCAGCACGAACCAACAUUCUACAAGCAGGCUGAAGGAUGAACCCUACAAACAUUACACCCUUAUCCACAAUGAGGUGUCUGAUGUUUGUCAACUUCCUGAUCUUCAUGCCACCAAAGACAGUAAGCCUUUAAGCCAGGAAGUCCUACAUAAUAGAAGAGGUGCUGAGGGACUUCGAGGUGACCGAGCCCUGGCCUGCUCUUUGUUCAGUGGCCUGGUACUAGGUAAAGGUGAGCAAGUUGGCUCGCUGCAUGGUAUGGGCCAGCCUCUCCCUGUGCAGAUGAUGCUGGAGCAGAGGAGGAGGUUGUGUAUGAUAGAGACUCCCUACAGCCACACAAUUGCAGGAUAUCCACAAACUGCUGAUGGUAGCCAGUACUGUGAAGUUGCACAAGAGCUACAGCCCAGGUCUGCUGAGGAAGACAGGAGAAUGUUGAUAGGUAUGGGGGUUGGGGUGGGACUUCCCCAGGCUCCAUAUAUGUCUUUGAACUUUCAUCAAGUCUUGGGCAAAGACAUUUCUAUUAAACCCCCCCCUUUUACCACACGGAACCAUAUAACAGACAGCCACAUUUACCAUGGUAAAGACACGGCCUCUUACAGCUGUAACAGCCCCAGCUCCAGUUCAUCCCCUGAGAGCCACAGAGAGAUCCCACAUUACAUUGGAACAUCAGUCAUUAUUACAAAUGAGAGGUGA